AUGACGGUAGAGGAAUACAACGUCGCUCAGCUGUGGUCUGUGGCUGAGGUGUCGAAGAACGAAACUGGCGGCGGUGAAGGCAUUGAGGUCCUAGUGAAUGAACCGUUCGACUCAAAUGUUCACCCCCCAGAUCCACCGCUUAGCGUUCAGGGGCAGACAUUCGAAACUGGCCAGUAUACGCACAAACGUUUCUAUCUGGCUAACAAGGUACCGGCUUAUGUCCGGUUUCUCGCACCAAAAGGUUCUCUGGAAGUAGACGAACGAGCUUGGAAUGCCUAUCCCUACUGUCGUACAGUUAUUGAAAAUCCCCUUUAUAUGCAAGAGAAUUUCCAACUGAAAAUCGAGUCCAUGUAUGUGCAAGACAAAAUCAAUGAGGAGAAUAUCCACCAACUACCGCCGGAACUGCUUGAAAUGCGCGAAGUGGUUUAUAUCGAUAUUGUGAAUGAUCCCCUGUACAGUCAAGCGGACUAUGACCCAACUUGCGAUUGUACCAAGUUUCAAUCGGUUAAAACUGGUCGUGGUCCCCUUAUCGGUCCGAAGUGGUGGGAGAACACGGAAAUGCCUAUCAUGUGCGCCUACAAAUUGGUCACAUGUGAAUUCAAGUGGUGGGGUAUACAAAAUCGAGUGGAAACCAUGCUGCACAACCAAGAGAGGCGAAUCUUUCUCAACUUCCAUCGUCAGCUGUUCUGCUGGAUGGAUAAAUGGCAUGGACUAACUAUGGCGGAUAUUCGUGAAUUGGAAGAUAAGGCUAAGGAAGAAUUGGACAAGGUAACUAACUAA